CGCCGCUGGAGCUGGCGCUGCAGCUGCCCCUCCGGCUCCCGCUCCCCGUGCUAGGCAGAGAUGGCGACAGCCGCUUGGCUUCUGGGACGGCGCGCGGCGAGUUGGAGGCUGCGGGGGCCGCGGGCGCGGCUCUCCAGCCUCGUGUCCCAGCGGGCCCACUCCCUCUUGCCCGUGGACGAUGCAAUCAACGGGCUAAGCGAGGAGCAGAAGCAGCUUCGUCAGACCAUGGCUAAGUUUCUUCAGGAGCACCUAGCCCCCCAGGCCCAGGAGAUUGAUCAUAUCAAUGAGUUCAAGAACCUUCGAGAGUUUUGGAAGCAGCUGGGAAACCUGGGGGUCUUAGGUAUCACCGCCCCUGUUCAGUAUGGUGGCUCCGGCCUGGGCUACUUGGAACAGGUGCUGGUGAUGGAAGAGAUAUCCCGAGCUUCUGGAGCAGUGGGGCUCAGUUACGGUGCUCACUCCAACCUCUGCCUCAACCAAAUUGUGCGCAAUGGAAAUGAGGCCCAGAAGGAAAAGUACCUCCCCAAGCUGAUCAGUGGUGAGUACAUCGGAGCCCUGGCCAUGAGUGAGCCCAAUGCUGGCUCUGAUGUUGUCUCCAUGAAGCUAAAAGCAGAAAAGAAAGGUGAUCACUACAUCCUGAAUGGGAACAAGUUCUGGAUCACCAAUGGCCCUGAUGCUGACAUCCUUAUUAUCUACGCCAAGACAGAUCCGGCUGCUGUGCCAGCCUCUCGGGGCAUCACGGCCUUUAUUGUGGAAAAGGGGAUGCCUGGCUUCAGCACCUCCAAGAAGCUGGACAAGCUGGGGAUGAGGGGCUCUAACACCUGUGAGCUAAUCUUUGAAGACUGCAAGGUUCCUGCUGCCAACAUCCUGGGCCAUCUAAGUAAGGGCGUCUACGUGCUGAUGAGUGGGCUGGACCUGGAGCGGCUGGUGCUGGCUGGUGGGCCCCUUGGGCUCAUGCAGGCUGUCCUCGACCACACCAUUCCCUACCUACACACAAGGGAAGCCUUUGGCCAGAAGAUUGGCCACUUCCAGCUGAUGCAGGGGAAAAUGGCCGACAUGUACACCCGCCUCAUGGCCUGUCGGCAGUAUGUCUACAAUGUCGCCAAGGCCUGUGAUCAGGGCCACUGCACUGCCAAGGACUGCGCGGGGGUGAUCCUUUACUCAGCUGAGUGCGCCACACAGGUGGCCCUGGACGGCAUUCAGUGCUUCGGUGCCAAUGGCUAUAUCAACGACUUUCCCAUGGGCCGCUUUCUGCGAGAUGCCAAGCUGUAUGAGAUUGGGGCUGGGACCAGUGAGGUGAGGCGGCUGAUCAUCGGCAGAGCCUUCAACGCCGACUUCCACUAACCCCAAGACCCUUCACUCCCUUUCUCAGCACCUAGAGGCCUUUCUUUGGACAGAGAGAUACGGCAGCUCUCUUGCUGCUCAGCUGCACUUGCAUCAGCCCUUGGCCUCCGCGUGAGGUGUCUACCACAGCUGACAAGUGCUCUGGGCCCCAGAGCCCGGCCAGCCUGCCCGGAUGCCGCAAGUUACAGGCAGGCAUGGGGGAGAGGGAGUGCCAUUUCUAGUCACACCUUCUGGUCUGAAGAUGCUGCCUGACAUUAAUGAGGGUUGAGGUGGGGGGAGGGCCUCCCUGAAAAGUGUUCUGUGGCUUAAAAUGGACCCAGCAGGAAGCAUACUGGCUUUUCUGGGGCUUGCUGGGAAGGCUUUGGUGACUCUCUAACGUCCGAGCCCUCCACUUCCCUGGGUGAGCACUUGGGGGCGGGCAGGCAGCCUCCUCUUUUUUUGGAGGGGAGGGGGGCUAUGCCUCUGGCAGGGGGCCCAGUACACCAGACGCAUUGCCCCUCUACAUGUAUUUGAACCUGGCAGCCUCUUCUUUCUAGGGGGAAAAAAAAAAACCCAAACCUAGCCUUUGUUUCUGCUGAUUUCUAGAGGCAUCAGUUCCCAGUAGCUUAUGAGCAGGCACCCGCUCAGCAGCAGUCCCUCCGUCCCCCGAGGGCUUCAGUCCUUUAGGGCGGAAACCCCAUGGUGUUGGGGUGGAGCAUCUCAGACCUGGGCCACCCAGACUGCACCGGGGGGGCGCAGAGGUCAGUGUGCUUGCGAGGGAUCAGCUCGGCGCCAGCCUCCACAGCAGCAUCUCUGAGCCCUUCAGCCCUGCUCUGCACUGCCACCAUCUAGUCCUGGCCGGAUGACAGUCCUCAGCUGACUGGGCAGCAGGCCUGGCUGGCAGCUCAACUCCAGCCAAGGCUGCCUAUGUACAUUUCUCUGGGUGCCCUAUGGCUAGUUUUGUUACAACAGCCCCGCGGCUGCUGCCAUUUUGUAUUAAGCAUUAGGAAGCAAACCCAUCUGCUUCUAAACUGGUGUUUUGGGGGGUGAAGCAGUCUACUUGCUACUGCUGCCUGUCUGGCGCUAGCUCCAUGCCUUGGGGAGUAGUUAGUCCAGGUCCUACUCCUGUCCUCCUGCCUACUCAUUGGUGAUGCGGGACAAAGAGAUGGCAUCUGCCUUGAGGACAGAAGAGGUUUCAACCUCCCUUCCCCAGAUCUCCCAGUGGUUUUAAAGGAAGGAGGGAGUCCAGAGAAAUAAGAGUCUGAGAGCUAGAAGGAAGCUUAUACAUUUCUGGACACCCUCCCCAUGUUUUUGUUUUUGUUUUUUUUUAAAGAUUUUGUUUAUUUAUUUGAGACAGAGAGAAUGAGAGACAGAGAGCA